CGUGGGAUAGUACCUUGGUGACCCGGCGGAGGAUCUCCUGUGCCGGCAGUCAUCAUGGAUGACUAUCCCAUCCAGGGCCUGUUGGCCCUUUCUGUCUUGUUGGGGCCGCUGUUCCGGCUUAUGUUCCCACUGGGGUUCGGGCAUGUGUGCACGUCCUGCAUGCUGAUGCGGUCUGGAACAGUGAAGCCUGGUCCUACACCUGCGGAACAGGCAGAGAUAGAUCGUAAGUUGGCAGAGAAGAAAAAGGAGAGAGAAGCAAAGAAGAAACAGAAAGAAGAAGAGGCAAGGAAAAAGAUGAAGGAAAAGAUGAAGAGAGAGUUGGAGGAAGAAUUGAAAAGUAUAGAAGAAGAAGAAGAACAACAAGAAGAAGGAGAAGUGUUGGAAAGACGUCGUCGCCAAGACAUAUCGGAAAGCAGUACCACGACCCGCCUUCCCGUUGAACCGUUGGACUGGGGUAGCCAGUACUACUACUCCAGCGAGUCGUUAAAAGAAUCUGAUGAAAAACGGGAUACGUUCAUCGCCAAGUUGGCCACUAUUAAAGACACCGUUGAACGAAACCUGAUGUUGGAGGAGAAACGGGCUGAGCUAAAUCGCAGGCUGUUGGGCGCUAGACGGCAAGAGGUGGAAGAAAAGAAAAGAUUGCAGGCAGAAGGGUAUAAAUUGCAGAAAGCUCUAGAAGCGCAAAAGGAAAACCCCUCUGCAACUGAAGCACAACUUGCACUCCUCAGGGAGGCCGUCCUCAACACGAGGCAAGACAUGGACUUAAUGCGGCAGACCUUGCAACGUGCUUUGGACGAACAUAUUAAUAAAGUCUUCACCCCGGAGGUCGUAGAGAAGAUUGUAAAGGGAGCUGGAGGUGACGGAGGAGAUGGAGAUGGCGACGACGAUGAUGACAAGAAAGGAAAGAAGAAGAUUGAGGAUUCAAAGGGUCAACCUUCCCAGGAACCCGGGCAGACUAACAAGAUUAAGCUUAAACUGCCAUGGACCUACAAUGGAAAGAAAGAAGAGAGUGUGUUGCACUGGGCGGCGGCAAUUGAAACUUAUGUGUAUGGACAACGAAUUCCAUACUGGGACAGGGUAUUGAUGGCAACCUCGUGCAUGGGAGGCGACGCCAUGAGCUUCAACAUCUCGCUGCAAAAAGAGGCGGGAUGCAGCUCUAUGGUAGAGUAUUCACAACAGACGCGUAUUGAGGAUUUCCUUAAAGCGAUAAGAGAGAGAUUUGAGGACAAGAACCUGGCAAGGUGCACAAAAAUGUUGAUCCUCGGCCUCCCCGAUAGGAAAUGGAAGAGUACGUCUGCAUUAAAGGCAACUAUGGAUGAACUAUUGCAAUGCCCUGAUCAUGGAUUAACGCCAGCCCAAAUCUUAAACAGUUUUGCACGAGCACUCCCGGAUCCUCUAAGAGCACAACUGUAUCCCCGUACCAAGGAAGAGGGGAUGACAUAUGAGAAGUUCGGCAAGAUCGCCAUAGAUCAUGCCGGCUUCCUUGCUGAAGCAAAUUAUUGUCAUUCCUGGAAGGAUCUGCAAGUGGGUAAGAGAUGGCAAAACCGCACCAUCUUAGGGUCUAUACCUGGGAAAGACAGUCUCCUUCUAACCUUUGAAGAAGGAGGCGCCGAGACCAUCUCCUGGGAUCAGGUAGACUAUGGUCUCGAUGAACCCAACAGACCGGUAGCUCAGGAGGGGAGUUACGCGGCUGUUGCAGCCCGUGGGGGAGGGCGUCAAGGAAGAGGACGUGGCCGAGGAAGAGGUCGCAGUCGUGGUGGACGAGGAUUCGGCACCUAGAGGGGCGGUGGUGAAGGAAGCCACUACGUGGGAGGAAGGGGAAAUGGUCCCUCAUACGGUGGCCGUGGUUCUUACUCCACCUGGGGUAGAGGAAGAGGCUCAUGGUACAACAAGUGGGAUAAGCCAUACCCACCACAUCCAGGCCUACCCGAAGGGGAGCCUUGGAAAGAGUUGGGAAUAACAGAAAAGGUAUGGGCUGAAAAAAAGAAAGCCGACCAAUGCCUCAAAUGUGGGGACCCCGACCACAUUGUCCCCUAUUGCCCUGACUAUAGGGGGGCAAAAGGGAACAACCAGUAGAGGUGCCAGUUGCCUCUACGGGGGCUUCGAAUGUUGGAAAAUCAGAAUCCUCCCAUUCGAAGGCCCCAAUGGCAGAAAUUGAAGAGGAAGGAAGUCCCCAUUUAGUGCACUGUCCAGAGGUGGCAAAUGUAUGCAUCUCUCUAGAUGGAUUCCUCGCUGGCGUGGGUGAUGAGUUGGCCGCUCGUCGCCAAGCCUGGACUGAAAUGCGUAAAAAGAAAGGACAACUAAUAAUUGCAGAUCUAGAGAUAAAUCGAAUAAGAGUAG